AUGGGUAGUACCGAGAAAUUCACAGCACAAGCAGUGGACUCAAAAUUCAAGGGGGGGUCGGCCUCGCAAAGCGGUGCACGCGAUUUGGAGGCAGACAUCCUGGAAUGCAGGUCGCCAUCGUUUCGCUCCCUGGAUUCAGACGAUGCUGAUGGGGAACCGCACAGCAAGGAGGCCGCAAAUGACGUGGCUCCGGGAGAGGGGCCACCGGAGAGGUGGUUUCUGGAAGGGACAGCGGAGAAGGGGCGGCAGCUGCUGCAAGGCCCGCCGCCGGAGCAGCAGGAGCCACCGCAGCGCAAGCGGCAAUGGACGCCGCCGCAGUUGGGAGUGUUGGGGCCCCAGGAGCCGCCCUCACCGCCAACCUCGGCGCCAGCAGGGAUUCCAGAAACAUGGCAGCAGCGGCGGCAGCUGCCCCCUACCCUACAGCCGAGCUCAUGGCAGCAGCAGCAGCCGGAGCAAUCUAAAUGGUAUCCCUUUGGCAACCUGUUGGAGCCCUCCCUGGAGUGGGGGGCAGUGGACCGGGAAGGCACCGUCACGGAGUCCGCAGCUGCGGCUGCUGCAGUGGUUUCGGAGGGAAGCGGGGGCGGCAAGGCGGUGGUGCGGGAAGCCCACCUGACUGCGAUGAAGGCGAGCCGGCCGGAGGAGGACCUAGGGGAGGACCUCCCACCGCAUCUCGCCGCAGCGCUAGCGGCGGUAGCAGUGACGGCGAUGGAGAGUCCUCCGGUUUCGUCUGACUCGGGUAGCUCGGCAUCUUUGGAUCCCGUGCACACGGGUUUGUGGUAUUGCUACAUUGCCUUUAAGGCCAAAGAGAUUCGUGAGGUGCAUAAACAGUGCGUGAAGGAUGGCUGGAAGGUAAUCCGGCAGUGUUGGGUUGCAGAUCGACUAACAAAUCCGUACAUGUACGGCACGUUUUCGCGACCGCGAAGCGUACAGGCAGUAGACGGCAGGCGGAGCGAAGAGCUGCGAGCCAGUGCUCUAAAUGAGGCGCGUCAGGUGGACCAACGACUGCAGCAGCUGCUGCACAGCCAGCCGGUAUUACAGCAGCUGCUACAGCAACAUCAUCAACAACAACAACCCCACCAUCAACAACAACAACAACAACAAGUCGACCAGCUGGUUCGUUCCAGCUGUCCUCAGUUGGCGGAGGAGGAGCGGACGGAGGCGACGCGCCGUGCCCUCCAGCUCCUAAGUCCCGGCCUCCUGCAGCGGGAUCCAGAGUGGGAAAACAUGGCAAGGCUUGCAGAUUCCGAGACGCAAACGCAUUUCUAUGAGCGGUUCAGGUCGUUCCUACGUAACUCCGGCUUGGAUAAGCUUCCUUGCCGUUUUGGAAAGGUUUUUAAGGCGGCAGCUGUGGGGCUACUGCUCCUGGAAGCUUCCUCCCAUGCGGGGCCCAGCUGCGACCCACGGGUCUACGAGUGCGCCGCAUUGGGCCUGGUGCACAUGGAGGCGUCACGGCGCGUAGCUGGACAGCCCGAGUACGACCGCUGGCACUGGAGCAUCUCGCCUCGACGGCUGUACCACAUAAUCCUUUACGACACCUUCCUCGUCUCUAACCCCGAGGCACUGCUACUGCUUGGCGUCAGCGACGGCGGUGCCAAUCGCAACACCAAGGCCCGACUGGCCUCGUUCUGCAAGCGUUUGGAGCGCUUUUCCCCGGAGUACUUUACCCACUUGGUAGAUAUGCUGGGGGACCGCCGUGGCUGCGACUGGCUGAUGGUGCAGCUGUGCUGCAGCGAGAUGAUGCGGGACUGGGUCUUGUUGGCGCCAUCGCUCCAGAGGCAGCUGCAUGACCUCCGGUUGCUGCUGCUAGAGGCCACUGGCUGCCUUAGAAAGCCCGCGCCGUCUCCGGUGCCGCUGCCGCCAUCGCAACCGCUACCGCCACCACCGCCGCAGCAACCGCCGCCGCAGGAGCAGCAGCAACAGGUGGAGGAGGGGGAGGAGGGGAGCUGGCUCCAGGCCCCGGUCCAUGAGCAGGACCAAGCGCUACCGCUGCUGCUACUCAGUCCAUCAGGUCAUCAAGGGUCGCCAGAGCUGAAGCAGCAGCAGCAGCAACAGCCGCUGGAAGGCCCGGAGGGGCCCCAGCUGCUGAUGGCAGACCAGGUUCUACAGCCCCAGCCGCAGGUCCCAGCAGAACCACAGCAGCCGGUAGCGCGGUCCGAGCCAAAGUCACAGCCAGAACUAGUGCCGCAACCACCGGCGCGGCCACAGCUGCAGCAGCAACAGCCGCAAACACACGUGCACCAGCAGCAUGAGCUACGGGAGUUGCAACUCCCAGAUCGAGGCCCACGACCAAAGGCGGAGCCACUUCAGUUAGGAAACCACUCCCCAUCGGUGUCAGCGGCCCCGCAGGAGUGUUCGCCGCCAGGACCCAUGGGUCCACGGCCGCACCUCACUCAACCACCACUGGAACCGCAACCGCUACCAGAACAUCCUUCAGAUUUCAACGUCGUAGAGUCAGUACAGCCGCCAUUGCCAUUGCCUCAUUUGCAGCCAGGGGCCCAACAGCAAGCUUCGCGUUCGCAAGUGCUGCAGUAUCAGUCACAAGAGCACCAGGCGCCGCAGGUACCUGCGUCGCAGCAGGAUCUAGACCAUCAGGAGAAAAGGUCUCCGCGGCAGCCGCCCAUGCUCGCGGUGACCGCUCCGCAGCCGACACUGCAGCUGGCAGCACUGUCGCUGCAGCCACGAACGCCACAAGGCGAGUCCCGCAAGGCGCCAUCGCGGUCAGACCCGCAACCACGACUUCCUGCUCCGCAGCUGGAGCCGCAGCCGCGUCAGGAACCUCAGGCACUGGAAAAAACACAGCAACGACAUGAGCCGCAGGUCCAGCGGCAACGACCACAAGGGCAGCAACAGCAACAGCUGCAGGCGCGUUCUGAACGGCAGCAGCUGCAGGAGGUCCCUGAACCAGCGCCAGCACUUCCACAGCAGCAACAAGGGCCUCGAGCCCUUCACAGUAUCCAUGAAGAGUCACAAUUGCAGGAUCGCGGGGCCGCGUCAGCACCGACGUCAGCUCUGCUAACCCCAGCCGACACCAGCGCUGUGGCCGCGGCCGAGAAGGGCAUCGGGGACAUGAAGAGCGAGGUCAAGGCCGCGACCGGAGACGAAAGCGGUGCCCAGGGGAAUGAGGCAGAGGUUGACAAAGGGAUUUCCUUCGCCCGGGAGCUAUACACCUGCCUCUUGCGGAAGGCCCGUUUCCUGACACCCGAUGCCGGCCCUGGCAAAGAGCGGUUAUGUUCCGUCAUGGCCGUACUGCGCCUAGCCGCCCAGUACGGCCUGCUAGAUCACCAGCACGGGCCCGACCCGGCGGCGCGCUUGGUGGAGGUGCUGCGGGAGGUGGCGGCGCACGACGUGCGGCCGCGGGGCAGUCCCCAGUGGGCGGCGGUGAAGCAGGCGUGGCAGGCGGCGGCGCUCAUGAGUGCUGAUUUCUUAUCAAGCCGUGCCCGACCUGUGCCGUACAUGCAGCUACGAGGGCUCUUACGGGGCUUCGUGGAUGAUACGUUGCAUCAGUCUCGGUGGGCUGACCUGGCAGAGGAGCUUCGGCCGGGGCUGCUGCAGGCACACUCGAGCUCCUGGGGCAGGUUAUUGUUGUCACGGAGCAGACAGCCGCAGCAGCCGCAGGCAGCGAAACCGCCUACGCUGAUGGGAUGGUUGUGGCGCGGCGAUUCCGCCACGGCAACAAGCAAAAUGGCCGCGGGGGCGGCGGCAGCGACAGUAGUGGCAGCAGCGGCGACAGCGGCAGAGCGGGAGGAAGGGGCUGGCGGAGGGAUGGAGUUGCAGUCAAAGGAGCGACACCUGCUGACUUCCUACGCGCUGUGGGGACUUGUGGUUCUUCGCGGCAUUGAGGUGCCGUUGGAGUACCUGACCCUUGCGAGCUGCUUAGCGACUGGGGUCCUGAGAAAAGAAGUGAUGCUCAAGACCGGGCUCGAGCUUGACGAGGCGGAAUGCGUCGCAGCCAAUCUGUUCCGGGGCCUCGCCUUCCUGCCGCCGGUGCCGUACCUGCCUCGAGACGAGCCCUGGGCACGUGCCACACUGCAGCCGGUCCCGCCGCCGCUGCCGUCAAACCUGCCGCUUCAUCACCCUGUACGGCAGAAGCGGAUGCUGGAGGAGUUAGAGUACGGCACUAGGUUGUUUUUAGCGGAGCCCGAAAUUUCUGCGCUGCUGGCGGAGCGAGUGAUGCCGCCUCAAUUGUCCCUGCCGCAAGUGCCCCCUCUGGAGUUACUGCUGGCGCUGCUGCUGGAGCAAUGGGAGGACCGGGAACUGGUGGCGGAGCGGUGCAUGUGCGAGAGCGACAGCGACGACGAGGUGGAGGUGUUGGAGAUGGAAGUUGACGCGAAGGGAGGGACGGAAGUGGCGGGAGCUUGA